AUGGCCGCCCCUUCUGCCGUCGUGGACAUCAAGUCCAAGGCUCAGUUCGACGAGCUCGUCAAGAACACCCCCUACGUCGCCCUCCAGGCUCACGCCUCGUGGUGCGGUCCUUGCAAGGCCAUCUCCCCCAUCUUCAAGAAGCAGGCCGACGAGCACACCUCGGAAAAGUUCGCUUUCGCCAAGUUCGACACCGAUGAUUUGUGA